UUCUAGAAACAUGCCGAAUGACAAAAGCUUUAAAAGUUCUCUUAUAUUAGCUGUCUCAUGUUUUCGAGAAUUAUUUUUGCAGUGUUGUUAUGAUGGAAUUUCUGCGGAAGCUCGUGGAAUACGAAAAAGUUUUUGGCAUCUUUUCUUUCAGUCAGUGUCUAUGAUUUCGCCCGCCGGGGCUAUGGCUGCAACUAUGACAAGUUCCGCCAACUAUGCCUGGGGCGCUUUGCCUUUCACAUACUUGUUAGCAAUUAUUGCCGGUACUCUUCUUAUGAAUACAACAGUGUGGUAUUCAAUGAAAGUUGCAUCGUCUGGAGGUUACUAUGCGUAUGUCUUUGCAGCAGUGGGCCCUAGGUGGGGUGUUAUUUGUGGAAUGAUGUUUAUUCUGGCAUAUUUCAAUGUUGUUACUAACGGAAUCUUGUUUGUCGGUGGAGUUUUCUUUCCUGGUUUUGUCAAGACAAUGACUGAAGUAACGUAUGCAGAAAAAGCUUGGAUAGGUAUUAUGUUUGGCUUUAUUCUUCUUAUUUAUACAUUGGCCUUCCUUGGAAUUCGUGUUUCUCUUGAUUAUGCCUUAGUGAUUGGUACAUUUGAGCUGGUCUUUAUGUUUGCAUGUACACUUGUAGUGGUUAUUAAAGUUGGUUCGAAGAAUACUGGAGAAGUGUUUCAUCCUUCUUUAGCUCGUACACGAGCAGAUAUUGCUAUUGCUGCGUUGCUUUCUUUUUUUUCUAUCUCUGGAUAUUCUGCCGUGGCAUUUCUUGGAGAGGAAGUGAAGAAUCCUCGUCGUCAAAUACCCAUAGCUGUCAUAUUGGCCUAUUCUACUGUAGCAUUGUUGUUCUUCUUUAUGUCUUAUGGUUUGACUGUGGGUUGGGGUUAUAAGGACAUGUCUCAUUUUGCUGCUUCGUUUGUUCCUGGUGUUAUUGUGUUCAAGCGUUAUUUGACUGCUGUUAUUGGUUGGUUUAUGGUUGUUUUUAUUUUCAAUGCCAUGUUUCUUGGUGCUUUAGCUCCUUUGAAUAGCUGUGCUAGAAUUAUUUUUUCUUUUGCCAGAGAAGGUUUGGUUUUUCCGAAAAUUUUUGCCGUUGUUGAUAGGAAGCAAAAUCCAGUAGUAUCGACAGCAGUGGUAGCUUUCCUUGCGACUAUUGUAGCUCUUAUUGCAGGACUUGCAAUGGGUCCUUUUGAUGGUUUUAUUAUGCUUGUGACAACUGCAUCAUUAGCUCUUUAUGUCGGACAUAUUAUUGCAAACCUUACUCUUGGUAUCUUUUAUUAUAGACAGAAACAACUUAAUUGGUUUUUCCAUGUAGUUGUUCCAGUUGUUGCAUCUAUUCUUGUUGGCUUUAGUAUAUUUUUCACUAUGUAUCCUUAUGAUCCUGUUACAUUAGCUUGUCCGAUAUGGACUGGAGUUUGGUUGAUAUUGUCCAUUAUUGGAGGUUACUUGACUCCACGUGACCGCUUAGACGCUGCUCAACGUCGCUUUGAACGAGUGCAAGAUCUUAUGGGUGCAACAUAUGUCAAAGUAGAAGGUGCUGCACAGUUUGAUAUGAGUGGAAGCAAGAAUGAACCGGAGUUGUCAGUUGAAGCUGAUGACUCUCAUAGAAACAGUGAAGGAGGGGGUGGUUCUUCCAAAUACGUCGACGAUGAACUUGUUACAGCAACAGCAAAAUAAGUUCAUAUCUACGAUAUUCUAGAAUUUGUGUUUUUUUUAUAUUGAAUGAAAGUAUUUGCUUGCUGCUUUUGAUGAUGUCUUUCAU